AGUUUAGAUUGGAGAUAAGGAAGAAGUUCUUUACUGUGAGGGUGGUGAGGCGCUGGAAUGGGUUGCCCAGAGAGGUUGUGAAUGCUCCAUCCCUAGCGGUGUUCACGGCCAGGGGCUUGGAGCAAGCUGCUCUAGUGUGAGGUGUCCCUGCCCAUGGCAGGGGGUUGGAACUGGAUGAGCUUUAAGCUCCCUUCCAACCCAAACCAGUCUAUGAUUCUAUGCAGCCCGUUGUGAGCUGACUUGUGCCUCGUAUGUAUACUAAGAGGGUAAUUUGGUAUUUGAGCCUCAUGAACUUCAUUGUUCUUGGACAGGUGGAUUACAUGUCCCCAGCAUCUAACUCCUCUGCAGCCUAUGAACACAACUUCUACUACCCAGAACUGGACAUCAUCUGUGACCUUGACAAUAUCCCAGCAUUUGCAUCUGCCUUUUUUCCGGUGCUGUACUCCCUCCUGUUUGUGACUGGCCUCGUGGGAAAUGCUUUGGUCGUUUGGAUCCUAACAGCUUUCAAGAACGUCAGGGCCAUGACUGAUGUGUAUCUGCUGAACCUCGCCAUCUCUGACCUCCUCUUUGUUUUCUCCCUGCCCUUCUUGGUUCAGUACUCCAUCACAACUCAGUGGACUUUUGGUAAUGCAAUGUGUAAAAUCAUCAGCUCCGCUUACUUCAUUGGCUUCUACAGCAGCGCCUUCUUCAUAACCAUCAUGAGCGUCGACAGGUACCUGGCCAUUGUCCAGUCUGUCUACGCUCUACGGGUUCGGACAGCUGCUCGUGGGGCUAUCACCAGCCUGGUCCUUUGGGCAGUCGCUGUUUUAGCAUCAGCACCAGACUUGAUAUUUUUCCAGGAGACAACUUACGAUAACCAGACUAAGUGCCUGCCUCACUAUCCUGACAGCAGCAAUGGCUGGAGGACUUUCAGUAACUUUGAAGUCAAUGUCCUGGGGUGGCUGAUCCCCGUUGGUGUUCUCAUCUUCUGCUACCACAGCAUCUUGAAAAACCUGCAGAAGUGCCAUACUCAGAACAAAUACAGAGCAAUUAAACUGGCUUUUAUUGUUGUCAUCGUGUUCAUCCUCUUCUGGACCCCCGUCAACAUUGUGCUUUUCCUGGACUCUCUAAAGAACAUGCACAUCAUCGAUGACUGCCAGACAAGCCAAAGGUUAGACCUCGCCAUGGAGCUGGCUGAGGCACUCUCCUUUGUACACUGCUGCCUCAAUCCAGUCAUCUACGCCUUUGUGGGUGAGAAGUUCAAGAAACACCUUCAUGAAGCUUUCAGAAAAUAUGCCCGUUUUCUGUUGUUCUGCAAAGACCACAGUGGGCACAGACUGGACAAGCACUCCUCUGUUCAUGCAGCAACCUCACAGUCAUCUUCUGUUGGUGCUGUCUUGUAGAGCUACAGGUGAAAAACUUUCAUCCUGAACAGAUGACCUGAAACUGAGAAAUCCUCCCAGCAGGGCAUCCACAGGGAAGAACUGUUUGGUCAGCCUUUUAGGAUAGGAAAAGUGGAAGCAGCUGCUUCAGCUUGCUUUUUAACACAGUUGGGGUUCUUAAUUUUUAGUGUCUUUCUUUAGCAUCUUCCUCCCUUUUCCCCGGCAUGUUCUGCCCUGCCUGCAUUGUGAAAGGGAGGAUGGAAUUACCAGCAGACCUCUGCACUCCCUGAGCAGCAUGGAGAGGUGCUUUAGAAGCACGUCCUCCCCUACCUCAGAUUCAGUACUGAAAGAAACUGGCUAUGUUUCCAAACUCAGGACACUUGGCUGCUCCUUCCUUCAUCCCAUCAGAGUGGACUGGCUUUGUAAGCAGGGUCAAGGCUCACAGCAGGAGCCCAAACUCACUCUUUGGGGAGAAAAGGUCAAUGUUUCAGGUAUCAUGCCAGGGCCUGGCUUUGUUGACAGCUCUGAAUGAGGCUUCCAGCCCAGAAAGAGCUUAGUAGGUGAGUAAUUAGAUAGGCAACAAAGAGAAAUGCCAUAUGCAUGUGUUUUGUUGUAAUCAAUGUGGAGGAGUAUCUAGGUAUGAUCCUCGCUCUCCAUUCACUACCAAGGCCUGCAGCUCCUGGGCUGGAAGGGUUUGGAAGUUGUAGCUCAGAAAUUACACUGUGGUUGUCAAAGAAAAACCCUUAUGGAAAUGAAUGAGUGUCCUAAGGAUGAGUAGAGAAAUAGUUACCAUGAAGAAAAAAGAUGAAGAGUUGAAAAAUACUGAGUGUGAGCUGAGAGAGCAGUAACAGUGAUAUGCCAAAGCUUCUUGUGGUCCUGCUUGCUGGUAAGCCACAGGCCAAGGUGGUUCCUGCUUUCAGCAGAGCCCUGAUCUGUUUGCCAAGGG